CCUCCUCGCUCGCGUCACCAUGUUGUCGCUCCACUAUUAAUGGGCAACUUUCGUCCAAUUCAAACAACUGCUAAUUUCCACACAUUUCCGGACGAGUGCUUGAAUGGUGAUACGUGACAGUACAACGACACAUUCAUCUUACCCCGCGAGUCUCGCGAGUAGGCAAUGUCUUUGGCACACUUUCGUCGAAUAUGGCCCAGUAGUGCUUGCUCUGCGAUCUGGAAUAUCACCGAAACCCGAAAUGCGUUUGCUAUCGAUUCUGUGUGUUUGCCUGCUGCUAGCGGCAACCGUAGCGCUCGAGCGUACUGAGCAGUCAACAAAUAGUAGUUCCUCGAGGGCAUUAUCAAGACAGGAACGGAAAGUUCUUCUUUUCCCGAUCUUAACCACACUUCAGAUCAGCAUGUUAACUGCGACCGAUGGGCGGUUGUAUGCACCGAAGAAAAAGUACCCGGCCCGUAAACUGGGCAUCAAUCUUGGCUUUCAGCAAAACUUUAACCUACCGUUUCGGUUGCUGGAGUUCUACAAACCACCAACAUGGGCACGUGCGAUCGCCGGUAUCCUGCGAGGACAAUUUCCAUCCACCUCCGUAGUGAGGGCUCGCAGUUGGAAGCGAUCAACCGAUCACCAAUCGUUGGCUCUUAGUGCUGGCCAACUGUACACGUUUGUGGAAGACUUUCUGCAUGUCUUUGGAUACGAUCGGGACUGUCUGGUGAAGAGUGUCUGUGAGCUUGCACACAGUCCAUUCGAUGGUACUGAUCAACAGCAGCAAGAUUUUAUGACCGAAAUAGUACACUUGUUGUUAAGCCCGUCGGUACACGAAUCGUUUGCAGAGGAUGAAACGGAACAGAAGCGUGCCUACGAAAUGGCGGAACGACUCGGCGCUAGUGGCGCUAACUGUGAUCUAAUCUACGACCGAUGCCAUCGAUCGGUUUUGAGUGAUUUUUCGAAUCUGCUUGACGUUUCUUAAAAUUGAUCGUGUCGGUUCACUUAGAAGCUAGCUUAAUGUUACGUACUGUUCUAUUUAUGAAGCUCGAAACUCGGUGUAAAUAAAUAUUUAUUUCACUACUUACAUGUAAAACACGAAUAUAAAUUAGACUCG